CAUUAUCAGUUCCUCUUUUUGUAAUGUAAUUUGGUAUUUACCACUUUUAGAUUUUUCCAAAUCUCUUCUUUAAAGAAAGUGUUCAUAAUUUAUAGACACAAGGGUUAUAAAUAUUUGCCCUACAAGCUCUUAGCCUCUUGUUUUUAUCAAUCUCAUGCCAUAUUUUAUAAGACAUAUUCUCUUUUUUUUAUAAUUAUAACUUUUUAUUGAUAAAACCCAUGCCUGGGUAAUUUUUUACAACAUUAUCCCUUGUACUCACUUCUGUUCCAACUCAUUUCAUUUAUUAGUUCAAUAGUUUUCUUAGUUUCUAUUUUGUAACUCCUUUGAGUUUCAGAAUUUCUAAUUUGUAUUUAUUUAUUUUUUUAAUAUAAUUAUCCCUUGCACUCACUUCUGUUCUGACUUUUCCCCUCCCUCCGUCCACCCCCUCCCUUAGAUAGCAAGCAGUCUUGUACAUGUUAAAUAGGUUACAGUGUAUCCUAGACACAAUAUAUGUGUGCAGAACCAAACAGUUCUCUUGUUGCACAGGGAGAAUUGGAAUCAGAAGGUAAAAAUAAUCCGGGAAGAAAAACAAAAAUGCGAGCAGUUUAUAUUCAUUUCCCAGUGUUCUUUCUUUGGGUGUAGCUGUUUCUGUCCAUCUUUAAUCAAUUGAAACUGAGUUAGAUCUUCUCUUUAUCGAAGAGAUCCACUUCCAUCAGAAUACAUCCUCAUACAGUAUCGUUGUUGAGGUGUAUAUAAUGAUCUCCUGGUUCUGCUCAUUUCACUUAGCAUCAGUUCAUAGAAGUCUCUCCAAGCCUCUCUCUAUUCAUCCUGCUGGUCAUUUCUAUAAGACAUAUUCUUGUGACAUAUCUUGCACACUCUUUUAAGUCAUUCACGAUUAAAGUUUAUCGAAUUUAUUAUGGGAUGUUAUAUAGUAUUCUUUGUAGAAUUUCUCUAUUACAUAGAGAAUCUCGCAUAACAAAAGUCCAUUGUAUUCAUAGUGUUUUUUUUUCUUUUUUCUCUCCCUCUUUUUUUUUUUUGUAAAUGAUCUUGAACACUGAUAUAAGAUGAUUAUUAAAUGUUCCUAAAGUCAUAAAGUCUUUCUUACUGCUCUUGUAUGCCUAAAAAAAAAAUUCUUUUAUUUGUCUCUCUUUAGGGAACUCGUGAAUAUCCUUUCAUUUAGCUGCAAGUUUUGUCUCUUCCUUUAAUUUGUAAUGAAAUUGUAUGAUUUGAUUCCUCCAGUCCACUCAUUGGUCACAGGACAAGGAAUCUCAUACAUAGAGUAGCAGGAAUGAGUUAUUGUUUAUUGAUUGCGUAAAAAUUGUUCCUCUUCUACAAAGUAGAGAAGCACUGUCACUGUGAAGCACAAAUGAAACUCCUUGAGACUGAGCAAAUUUUAUAUCAAUUAAAAACUAUGGAAUUGAUUCCAAAGUAGUUAGCAUACUGGUGAUGAACUUUUUGCAUUCAACUAGUUUCAUCUUCAAAAAGCAAAUAUAAUCUGUCACUAGACCUGUAUUCAGAGUCAUUCCAGCAUUCAGAAUCUCCUAGAAUUUAGAUUCCACUAGUAUAGAUUUUCAGAACCACAACCAUCAUAAGUUUGGGUCUUAAUGGAGUCAGUAGGUUAUCAUAAGUAUACAUGAAGCAGAGGUGCCUGGAACUGAAAGAGUACCUUAUUCAUUCCCAUACUGCAUGGUCCCUAGAACACCUAGGCGCUAGCCUUUAUUGUUUAAAGUUCUAAUUUUAAAAACCUCAUUUUUUCAAACUUUCAUUUCCUUUUUAGUUAAUAAUGUUAAAAUCAGUCUUAGGUGCACUGCUUCAAGUUUCCAAUUUGCCUGCCCUUUGCAUCUAUUUUAUACUUUAUAUAAUGAACAAGGAACUAAAUAAUAGCUAGUUCUUACUUUACAUAAAUUUUGCAUUAUCAUAUUUGACUUUAAAUAACAUUCUGAAAGAAGUCUUCAUUCCAAAAGAAAUCUACGUUGACUUUUCAGUACUCUGUUCGCUCACUCUUUGCUCCUACUCUUUUGCAACCUCUUAUCCCGUCCCUCUUACCAAGAAAUAAAAAAAGUUAAAAAACUCAAAACCAAAACUUUCCAAGUGAACACAGAAGAAUUGAUGCUGCAGCUUGGCUUGAAAUCUCUAGUGCUGAGAGAAUAGAUCCUUGUCCUGCUCUGUGCCCCACUCCCUUUCCAUCUGCCUGUGCUCAGGUACCACUUGUCUGUCCUAUUGCACAUGUAACCUGUCCUCUUCUGUAUAUGUCUGCAGUGGACUUUUAUGCAUCUGCUUUUAUACAGAAAUCACUUUACAGAGAGGUCUGUGGAAUGGCCCACUUAUGUAAAGUGAGAAUUGUUGUAUAUGUACAGUUUGAUGGUUUAAUGUUGUUCAGGAAUGUUAAUUUUCCUAUUCUUGUUUUGCAUUAUUUUCUCUCUAAUAUAGUUUGAGGUGUUCAAUAAGUGAGAUUUAGUGGUCUGAGGGCAGUAUUCAAACAGGAUCCAUUUUAUUGGCACGCUUACACAUUUUGUGUAUAACAUUUCAGAACCAAGUAAACAUUUGUGACCUAUUUAUUUGACUUUUGUAUUUGCUUUGAAUGCUAGAGUUAAAGGACCAGCCUAUUAUUUUACUUCAGUGCUCACAAAUGAAUCCAAAAAGUUUACAAACAUUUUUCCCAGUCUCCCUCCCCUAAGAGGAGUAAACCAUAUGGGACAAACCUUCUAUGCUGUUUAUCUGAAAUAAAUCAUUUGCUCAACAAGUGGCUGUUUGUAAGGCUAAUUAUUCCAAGUAUACAGAUGUGAAAAUCUUCUCCCUCGGGUCUGUUGCUUUCCUGGGCUUUGUCACUUAGUGUAGAAGAUACUUCUGGAAAGACAGAAUUGUCACAUUUCUAAAGAAUCCUGCCAUAUAAAUAUUUCCCUGCUAAUUGUAUUUGGGUAGAAACCUAGCCUACAGCUGUUUAGCUUUAUAAAUAGUAUACUCAUAAUAAAUAUUUGCUGAAUUGAAUCAAAUUAUAAGUAUUUACCUACCCAUUUGUCAAGUACUUAAUCAUUUGAACUUGGCCAGUGGGUGCAUACAUAUAGGUCAUUUAUUUUACUCCCAAAAGUGAAUUAUUAAAUAUGCUAUGCUACUUGAAAAACUUAAGCCUAGAAUUCCAUUGAUUACUAUUAAUAAAAUUUUCUGUUUAUGGUAAAUGUUUGCAAACAACAUUGUCUUCCUUAAUAAAUGGAAUAUAAGAAGUGUAGUUAUAACAAAAGCUUCAAGGAGAUGGUAGAUGUAUACUAAGUCUCUAAUGAAAACAUUAUGAAAGAUUGAAUAAAAAAGUAUUAGAGUCAUAUAUUCAGAGAAUUUGUCUAUGCUCCCACACCUCUUCCAUGUUCCUAUUAGUCUCUUGAUUUCCCAAAAUGUUCUUGGAGGCCUUGAGACAGUUGAUAAUUCAAAUUUGCUUUUAUAUUCCAUGCUUUAAUAUCAAAGUUAUUUUUCUAAGGUAUCAUUUUUUCAGAGAGUGGAGAUAUGAUGGGAGGGGACAGAGGCUAAAAGAGAAAUCAAGGGUCUUGACAAAAGAUUGACAUUUUUGACUAAAUUCCCCCCCCCUAAAAUGAAUUGAUUAUUUUAAAAAAAAAAAAAAAACCACCUUGACAGGAAAUGUGUUACUUAUCAAGAUUGCUCUUGCCUUCCUUUAAGAAAUUUAGUAACCUGUUAAACUUCUGUUCUCCAUCUGGAUUUGCCAAAUUGAAAAAUAUAUCCCUAAUUCUACACCAGUUAGACAAAAUGGCUUUUUGUUGUUGAAUCAUUUGAGUUGUGUCCCACUCUUUGUGACCCCAUGUGGGAUUUUCUUGGCAGAGAUACCGGAGUGAUUUGCCAUUUUCUUCUUCAUCUCACUUACAGAUGAGAAAUUGGGACAGAGUUAAGUGACUUGUCCAGAGUCACACCGCUAAUAUUCCUAUAAUUUUAUCCCAGAGGUUAGUUUGAGUUACUCGUGUCAUGGCUCUUCUCUGUAAAGUCAUGGCUCUGUAUUUAUUCCCUAAACUUACAGAUAUGCAGUUUUUCGAUGAAAAGAAAUAGUUACCAGAGACUUGAAUUAUAUUAGUUGAUGAUAGCUAUGUAAUCAAAUAUUGUAAUUUAGCACCCAUUAACCAGAAUCACAAGAGCAGCUGAGACUUGAUGGUUUCACUCAAGGCUCAUUUUGAAUUCCUUGUUCUAAUGCUGCAAGUGUUGCCAAUGUAGCUAACAUGUCUUCCUAGUAGAAACUGACCCAGGUCACAAGUCUUUCCAGGAAAUUUCAGACUAGGGAUAAUCUAAUGCCAGAUUAAGCCACCUUAUAUAUAUAUUGAGCCUACAUCUUCCAAGUUAUUCUAGAAAUUUUGGAUUGAGGGACCUCAAAAAGCAUCUGGUCCUUCAAUUUGAUUCCAUCAAAAGGGUCAAAAGAAAGAAAAAAAUAAAUGAUGGGUCUAUUGUAGGGGAAAAGAAUGAUGAGAAAUUUUGAACGUGAAAAAAAAAUUAUGUGGAAAAACAGAAAACAGUACCCAGGUUCCAGGAAUCCAAUCAAAAGUGAAUGAUGUUUCAGAUGUUUUCCGAGACAGUGACACAGGAGCUCUUUAGUGGAGGUGCGAUGACAACAGAAGGCAGAAGACCAGCUCUGGGAAAUGUCUCUUUAAGCCUCCUCCAGCAUCCUUCCAGGCCGAGGGCGGCUUUCCUGGGGCUCUCUGAUCCCCAUCCUCCUUCCUGGUUACCGCCUCCUGGCAGACACUAACCAACUUCUCACUCAAGGGGGCAGCCAGGAAACCCCCGACUUGCAGACCAACCCCCUUUCUGGUGGGCGCUUGUGGGGCGCAUAAGGCACUUUGGCUGGAUGCCUCUGUGUUGUGUUUUAUCAUGAGGGAAAAGCUCCAUUAGCUUAAACCCUUUGUUCUGAAAAGAAGUGUUUAGAAAAACCAGAACUCGAGACUCACUCCUGCCAUUUAACCCCUGACCAAGUACGCUAGUGAGGUGGGGUUUGGCUGUGGAUUUGCCCCCCACCCUCACCCCACCCACCCCACCUCCCCCCCCCCAAAAAAAAAAAAAAAAAAAAAAAACAGAUCCUAAAAGUUAGAGUGCUUUCUGUUCUUCCUACAAGUGGCAACCCGAAUCUUAAGUUGAAAGUGAAUCUUUGCCCUUGGCCCCACUCCAGCAUUCCUCACUACGCGAAUAGGGAUUUGGAAUGUCAGAAAAUAGCAAGAGGGAGGGGAAAAGAUGUGUGUGUGUUUAUAUGUAAAAGCAGCUCCGACUGGAAGGACUUAGGAAAACUUCACUUCCUCGGGGCUGCUUUUUUUUUUUGGGUAAAAUCUUGGCUCCUUAUUUGUACUUUUUUUGAGUUCUUCAAAUUGCCCAGCCUGUCACAGCAGCCCGUGUACUUUUGGAGUCAGGCUGAGGGAAGGGUUCCCCGAUUUCUCUUCCCUCUGGAUAAAACGACAAAAGCUGUUCCCCAGACUUCUCUUCGGCAAGGACGGAGGCUGUUCCACAGAGCUUUCAUCCAGGCUCAUUGGGAGCCUGGGGUCAGGCUCUAUUAAAGAGCAAACAUCCCAAAGCCUCAUUAAGACUAACCUUGUGUGGGAGAUCAAGGAACCACCGUGGGCAUAGGGAGAUAUCUCAGCAUAAGAUCCAGCCCCAUAAAGGUACCUGUCAUUCCUGGGCCCCUGUGGUCAGAGCUGAAUUGGAAGCAUUGAUGGAGCACGGCUUACAGACUCUGCCUUGCCGGGGACUGGUUCAGAGCUCAAGACUAUAAUUACCAGGCGGUUUGCAUCCUUUUUUUAGUUCUAUCAGAAGGCUUUUUGCACCCACUCAGAAGGAGGGGUUUUGGAAGGGCAGCAGACAGGACCAUUUUCCCAGCCUGGAGUGAAGAUUGCAAAGGUGGAGUACCUCUCCAAAUCCUGAGGAACUAUGUCUUCCUUAUAUACCCGAAGCAAAGAGUUCACUCGGAGUAGGAAAUCUCAAUCUGACUCUCCCCCGGCAUCACCCUCCCCAAUUGCCAAGACACUCCGACAUGAAAGACUUUCUAGGUUGGAAUCAGGAGGCAGCAGCCUCACCAGCACAGAUACCUACAGUGACCGGGCUUCUGCAAAGGCCCGCCGGGAGGCCCGAAUAGCUUCUUUGACAAGUCGAGUAGAAGAGGACAGCCAAAGGGAUUAUAAAAAACUCUAUGAGAGUGCCCUGACAGAAAACCAGAAGCUGAAAACCAAACUGCAGGAGGCUCAGCGGGAGCUGGCAGAUGUCAAAUCUAAAUUGGAAAAGGUGACCCAGCAGAAACAAGAAAAAACCUCUGACCGAUCAACAAUGCUGGAGGUGGAGAAAAGGGAGAGGCGAGCUCUGGAGCGGAAAAUGUCUGAAAUGGAGGAAGAGAUGAAGGUUUUGACAGAACUCAAGUCCGACAACCAGAGGCUGAAAGAUGAAAAUGGGGCCCUCAUCAGAGUGAUCAGCAAGCUGUCCAAAUAGACUCAUUCUUUGGGAGGAAAAGCUCCCGCUCCCCUCUGCCUCCUCCUUCCAACCAAAAAGAGUCCAUGCUGGUGACCGAAGGAAUCCUCCCUGCCCCACCGACCCAAACAUUGACUUUCCCUGCAUACCCCAGAUCUCAUCUGCCCCUGUGUUUAGGGGAGUGUUCAUGAAAACCUAAUGGUAGCAAUGGGCCAUGGCCACGGGGGGCAGAGCAGAGUGUCCCUGGCCCUCGCUGCUGCUCCACCAUGUUCACAUCAGACCCAGUCCAAAUCCUAAAGGCCUCUCCCCCCGACCAGCACCAUCCCUGCAAAAACCCAGUCCUCUGGCCCAGAUGUGCUUAGGUCGGUGUGGAGAUUCCACCUGCUGGCCCAAGGAUCCCAAGGAAAACUGCUCAGCUUGGAUCAGACCACCAUCAAGCACCAGAGCCAUGUUUUAUUAGACUUGGUGGCAGCUGCUUCUCAAGGAGACUCUGUUCUCCUCCUCCCUGGAAACACCUUUUCAUGGCGGCUACAAGACUUCUGUUUCGCCUGUCUGGUAACUUUGCAAAGAGCCUCGACCUGCACUUGCCCUUGUCCAUCUUCUCCCGGGGCUCAGGUGGCCUUGCUUCACCUGGAGAUUUCUUUCUCUCCUUUCCCCUUUCCCCCCAUCUAAAAUCCACGUCGUAGCAUCUGAGUUCCACUCGCUUUAGCUCCUUAGAAUGAUAUUUUCUGAAGCUGUCAGGGGACAAGAACUACCUGGUCAGCCGGCAGCCCCUGCCCCUCUCCAAGCGUGGCCCCGUGCACCGUGCAGAGUGCACACAAGCACCUCGCCCCUUGCUCUGGAUGCUGUCUAGGCUGUGAAAGCCCCAUUCCGGGCCCCCUCCGGGGAUGGUGUUUUGGUUUGGCUUUCUCCCUCUCAGCCUUAGUGUGUGUCCCUGGUGGGAGAAUAGCCCAGCACAGGAGGCCCAGGGAGAGGCUAAAGUGGUGAUGGGGGGAUUCAAACUUGAACACGAUGGCCAAGAAGACUAAAAACAACUCACUGUGCUGCUGGCAGGAGGAUGGAGGGAGCGCGGAUGUUGGGAGGGCGCCGUGGUCGGCCCUGGGAGGCAAUGAACAUCUUCACAAUGGAUGGGGAGACCACUGGGUGGAGAGGCAAGGAAAGGUGGCGAGGGAGGAGGGGCUGGGGUCAUUUACUCCAACCAAGGCUUUUACACCCCCACACCCUGAGGCAGGACAGACAGCGAUGAUCUCUACUCAGUGACAGGAGCUCAUGUAAGAAAAUGUGUUCCAUCAUUAGGUGGCUGCAGUUUUUAGGAAGUUCUUCCUAAAUCUAACACCAUGUUCCAUUGAUACAGUAUGCCCUCUGGAGCGUGCGAUUACUCCAAUGCUUCAUCAUACUCACUUAAAUAUUCGAAGACAAUUAUCACAGACUUUCCUGUCCUCAAAUGCCUCUUUAUGUCAAAUACCCUAGGCUCUCCACUCUCCUGGUCACCAUCCUCCUAGCUGUAGUGCUUUCAUGUGGUGUGACCAGUGACGCGUAAGGUAGAACCAUCACCUCCCUUGGUCAGGACACUCUGUCUUUAUUAAUGCAGCCUGAGAGAGCAUUAGCUGUUUUAGCAGCUGCAUCACACUGUUGGCUCAUAUUGAGUUUUUGGUCAACUAAAACCACCCCUGGUCUUUUUCACAGACGUGACUUUGGGGGUAUCUAUCAUCCUUGGUAUAUAAAAUUCAGUGAGUUUUCAUUCAAGUCCAGUGAUCAGUUUUCUCAUGUAUACUGCCUCUGUCCACUCUGAAUCUCCUCUCUGUUCAUCAAGAUAGAGAAGCUCUUCAUAGAUGUCUGAAGCAUCUAGCAAUCACAUUUCAAGGGUUUCAAGCUUUGUCUUUCUUGCCAAAACUCAAGUUUUAUAGUCUGCAAAGUGAUGUGCUGACUUCUUUUCUUACCAUAUGUCAAGGAAAGCCAUUUAUGAUAUUGGAGUGGUAUUUCAGAAUUGUGAAAAUAAGUCACUUCAAGGUAAUGAGUGAGAUGAGUUGUAUUAUAAGCAUUUAUUCUAAUCAAUGAGACAGUUUAUAAUUUCAUAAAAGAUGCUGGAGGAUUAUCUAGCCAUGUUUUGGUCCUUUGGAGAAUUCCAGUAAUAUCUCCUCUAUGAGAAAAAAAAAUUCUUCAGAUAUUUCUUGCCAUCUCAAUAGAAUGAGGUCCAAAUAGGGCCACUUAGAUAUUAUUUUGGAGUAGUUCCCCCUCAAUUCGCAUUUCCAGAAAUUUCCCUCUUGUCUGUUCUGGCUAUAGGGUAUGUCUGCUUCCUUCUUUAACUUUCUAACCCUUCCAGCUUCUAUCCAAUGCUGUUAAAAGAAUCCCAGAUGUAUCUAUUUGGUUUUCCAAGACCAUUGACAAAUAUUCAAUUCUUCAUGCAGCUCACUGUGUAUGAACCCUCAAACACAUCUUAACCUAUGCUGCAUUGCCAUCCAGGGAAUAAUGAGAUUCUCCAUUAAACCCAGGGUUUCUAUGAAGCCAAGAGUGCCUGAGUUUGGGUGGGGGGGUAGAGGGGGGAAUAUAAAACUUCCCUCUUUGAAUGAAAAGAUACUGAAAUGAAAGUAAACAAGGUGGGACUCACAAGGCUGUGCACUCCACUGCUUUACCUCAGAUCCUGGUCACUCAUCACUACCUUUCCAGAACUGUAGCAUGGUACCUUUAGAUCUUAUCACAGUCUCCACUUAGAAGUGGAACAUUUUAGUCUAGGUUACUUCUUGCAGCAAAUUGAACCGCGUAGGUGAUUGUGAUGACAUCAGAAGGCUCCUUAAGCUUUCCCUUGGAAAGUAAAUGAACAUUUCAGCAAAUAUUAAGUCCACUGCACAAAGCAUUGUGCCAAAGGCCAUACAAAAACAAGAAUGAGGGCUCCUAGACUAAUAUGUUAUAGGGAGAAAUGAUGUGAAGAAAAUAUUUCUUUGGAUUUUACUAAUUCUUCCUAAAUCCUGUAUCAAUACUACACUAGUAAUCUCAAGGCACUGCCCCCAAAUAUAUUCACUGACUAACCCCACUGGCUUUAGUCAGUCUAUAAAGCAGGUAUCAUGGGUGUGUAAGUUAAGAGAUGACUUGGUUUUUAACUCUAGCUUCCUCCCUUAUCUUUUGCAUUUUUGCCAGAUGCAAAAAGGGGUGUUGCUAAGAUUUUAUAAAAUUCUUGGCCCCCAACUCCAGCUAGGGAUCACCGUGCAUGAGCUUUGCACAGAUGGCCAAGUCCUAGCACAGGUGGAGUCCCUUUGUACCCCAAAAUAAAGCAGCAUCAAGAGAGGAAGAUAACUUCAUAGAUGGGGUUACCCCUGAGGUUUUGUCACAAACCAUGUAGCCUUAGACAUGUUUCUGGGCCUGUUUUCUCAUCUGUAAAAUGGAGACCUCAUGCACCCAGAGUCUGUGACAAUUUUUAGAAGAUUAGAACAUUUUUCCAUCCUCAGCAGAACUGCUGCUGUUUGUUACUUGGAAAACUCAAGCACAAGAGCAUCAUUGUUUCCUUCUGAAUAGGAGUCUUCAACAUCAGUGGGUCAGUCUUGUUGGGAAGUGAUUUUAAUACUGAGGUUGAAUGAAUGAUGUUGCAUUCAUUCCUCUUCCAAAUGGAUCCAUAAGAACAUUACAGCAUGCAGAGGGGGAAAUUGAAGCUCAUGGAGAAAUGGGCAGAAAGCAGUGGAUGGUAAGAUUUUAAUGGGAAAUGGGGUGGCUCUAUGUAGGCAGAGCCCAUUGCCUUCCCAAGGCAUCUCACUUGAUUUCCACUGUUCUUAACUCCAUACUUACAAUCUAGUUGCAUUGUCUAUGCACCAGCUUUUUUACAAAUGAGCCCAAGUUGUAUAGCAAAAAGAAAAAGCCCACUUGGGUUUCUUUGAACCCCUCUAUAGCUAGGACUGUUGGUUUGAGAAAGAAAUGGCUGAGAUUUUGUUGAAAGCAAUCAUGAGAAUAGGAGGUUUGUAGCAGAGACUACUUGGUCACUAAGAGUUGACAGACUCUUACUGAACAAUCCCUGUCUUGCCCCGAUGGAGUAAGAGAUGGAAGUAGGAUUGAAGAUUGAAAGCCCUGCAAGGGAGAAUCACCUAUAUAGGGGCAUAGGAGACAGAAGGAAGGAAAACCUGGACAGAGAGAUUGAAUAUUACAAUAAAUUGAGGUUGGGAUUGACACUGAAAGGGUAGGGUAGCUAUAAAGAAUUAAAAUUUUAGUCUGCAGUGCAAAAUAAUUGUUCUAGAUUUUAAUCAGCUUUCUAAAUGAAUGUUGACAACCAAUGCUAUGUCUGCUAUUGAACUCUUGCAUUCUGAAUACUUAGAAAAACUUCUUUCUGCAGCCAAGGAACUGUUAGUAUCACAGCUAUCAAUAAGACAGUCGGAAACCUUGACUGCCCACCUGAGAGAAGCUAUUGCCUAGCAGUCAAAGAAUGAUUCCCUGGGUACUUUGUAGGUCACUUAGGAUCAAUAAUUCCUCCAUCCUCAAAAAAGAACUCCAGAUGAAAUCAGAAACUUAGUUUUAUAACCUUUCCAUUAAUAAUUGUUCUGACUUCAUCUAAGAUAUAUUACUGAUUUUAAGAUAAUUCUUUAAUCCACAUCAAAAGGGUUUGGGGAUUACUGAGCUGAUGUGAACUCUGUGCAAUGAUGUGGAAGCCAAUGGGAAUGUGAUCAUAGGACACCGUUUUCUUCAGUGGUCCCAACAGAUUAUCUCUUCUUAUCCCCAGCCCCUCAAGGAACUAUCCUGGGAAUCUUCCUUUUGGUAAUCUUUUCACAUACUUUGGACUGUGGAUGUAUGUCAUUUGGAUUAUCUCUUCUCUGCAGUGUCACCUAAGGAAUGGUAGAACACUCAUAUCUUUCAGAAAUUAGUACUUCUCCCUCUCCCUUCCCCACGUAUUUUCUGCUGUUGCAAACCUUUUGUGAUGGAUGUUAGUUUUGGGAAGAAGCUUUUCCAAAAAGUCAAGGAAGUGAAAUAUGUUUUCUGGGAGGCUUUCCCAGAGAACUCCACAUAAUGCCCUCAGCUUCAGAGACCCUGAUGUCCUAAGGAGCUGAGCUUUAACUUGGAGGGCUUUUGUUCAGGAUGUCCUCCUUUUACCUGUAGGAAAGCCACAGAACAAUGAUUCCAGAUCUUUUUUUCAGAGGUCAGUACUGAAUAUGUCAAAAUUGAGAUCAUUCUCCAGUUCAUCCAGAUUUUGUCCUUGGUAAUUGAGGUAUUUGUCACUUGGUCUCACUGGAUCCACUUCCAUCUCAGCGAAUGGAAAUCUGACUAAGGAUGCUCUUGGCGGUAACUCAGUACAUAGCUGCUCCAGCAAGAGGAUUCCAGGAGCUAUUGUUAGGGAGAAUCUAGCUCUGUCUAGUGAAAUGUGUUUCCUUUAAGUAUCAGCGGGAGGAGACGUUCUGAAGUAUAAGAGAUCAUGUUUUGGACUAUGUUGGGAGAGACUAGGACCACGCUUAGGCUGGAACAUUUUGCUGUACAGAGACGAGUCUGACCCUCAUUUUAAUUAAGGCUUCUUUGUCUCCUCCUCACAUAAUAAUAAGCCCAGGAAUAGAUAUUCUAACUAAGCAUCUGGUGGAGGACAAGAGAAGAUCUGAAGCUGCUUGUUAACGAGAUUCUAAUGGGAACAGGUAGAGAAACAGGCCCCUGAAAAGGCCUUAGUAUUGUCUGGAUCCCCAUAAAUUUUCCUUAGUUUGCCAGGGUCUGGUAACUGCCUUUAGCUGGUGGCCCUAAAUAGUGCCCUCAUUCCCCAGACCAUGGUUGGAAUGGGUUCCAUCCUCCCUCUCCCUCUGCCCCAUUCUCCCCUGAUUUGGAGAUGGACUUUGUAGCUUUUCUGCUGUCGUUCCUCCUGCCUAGACUAGACCACUGGAGACGGCCAAAAUCACUCGGACAGCUGUACUGCCUUCUUGCUUAGAAGGCAAUACUCUUUCUUCUGCAUCUUUUCAUCCCUUACCCCUACUUCCACCACUCUUAAAAGCACUGGAUAUAACCAUUUUUUUUUUCAGCUGAAUUGUAUGGACUAACUUCAGUCAAUUGUAAAUACACUGGGGUGGGGGGGAGGGAAUGAGGGGGGAUGUGGGACUUGUGACCCGAAUGUAUUUUUAUGCAAAUUUGAGUGGCCUUUCAACCCUGAGAUGAAUGAUUUUGUUUUACUGGUUGUCACUAUAUAGUAUUAUUAUUAUGUGUUUGAAAGUUUGAGAUAAUAAUAUUCACAUCUAUAUGAUGCCUGUAAACACAACAGUAUUUAUAAAUGAGUAAAUAAAACUGUGUUUUAACUUUG